AUGCUUGAAGCAGCCCCACGGCCGACUACUAUCGGGCCCUUGCUAGAUACGCCCCCGGAAAUUCAGGGGCCUGACCUCGGCACCACCUACGGAGCGAUGCUACUUGGAACAUAUGUAGGGCUUAUGUUGUAUGGUGUCAUGGUAUACCAGACGUACCGAUACUGGCGCUUGUACCCGGACGACACCCCAUGGAUAAAAGCUCUUGUCUGCGUAACAUUCACGCUCGAAACGUUGCACGCAGUUUUAUGCAUCGUCGCAUUGUACUUCCACCUCGUCAUUAACUACCUGAACCUUUCCAGCCUCUCGAACGGCCACUGGUCCCUGAGGGUCCUCACCCCGACCACUGGCUACUCGUUAUUCCUCUGCCAAAGUUUCUAUGCCGUACGGGUGUACCGCAUCGAAAGGCGAUACGUGUACCGGCUGCUUGUCGGCGCUGCGGUAAUUUCUAUAAUUUGCUCGUGUGGCUUUACGACUGCCGCCACUAUCGCCGGUCUCGAUGCAUUCGAGGACGUCAGUUGGCUUGUAGGUGCAAUGUAUGGCUUCGCCGUGCUGGCAGACGUCUCUCUAGCCGGUACCCUUGUAGUCAUAUUGAUACGCAAUCGCACUGGUUUCAAGUCUACGGACUCCGUGCUGGACACUCUGGUCAUCUACGCCAUAAAUACAGGCCUUCUAACGAGUGUAAUCGGCUUUCCGUGCUUUGUCUUCAGUCUCAUAUAUCCCGGAAACCUCAUAUAUGUGGGCAUCGCUAUCGUCGGAGUCAAGUUAUACGCCAACUCCGUUCUCGCUGUCCUCAACUCGCACCGCUCGCUCUCAGACCGCAUGCACGAAGACUUCGAUAAAGCAGACAUGGCGUCUUUCCAGCUCGAAUAUAGCAUUCGACGACCAGGCAGCCCCAUCAUCUUCGCACUGAAGGCGACGCAGGGUCCCAAGACGAAGGAGAAUCUGUGUCAGGCGAAGGAGUCUUAG